AUGAACUUAAAAUAAAAUUGGACUUUACGAGAAGAAUGGGGUCCACCUUUCCACUUCCUCGAAAAAAAGAAAGAAUUGUAAAAUUAAGGUAGUCAGACAAUGACCCAGGUUUGUAAAACUGGGCUAGAGGGUGGGGUGGGCCUGGUUCUGGCCCGAGAGAUGGUCCAUCUUCCUUGAUUGCUUGGUCUCUUUUCUACCAGUGAUCAAUGGGAAACUGUCAAGUGACUAGAAGACCAAUUCUUUUUCUGCUGAUUUUAUAUUUUAGUACUUGACAGCCGGCUUGUUGGUAGUCUUGCAUUGCAUUGAAUGUUUUUGUUGUUUAUCUGGUUCUACUGACGGUUAGAAAUUUAAGUAUCAAUUGAGACUUACAAAAGAAAUACACAGAAACCCAUUCAUUGUCUUGAUGAUUUGGGUUGAAGUUCUCUUAGAAUCUUUCUUUGUUUAUCCUAUAAAACUCUGACAGAAGGAACCACGGAAAGUAUACCCAUACUAAUACCAGAGUAGAGAUUUUUCACUGAAACCAAAAACAUGCAUGUGAAAAUCUUGGUGGUGAGACCAUUAAUGCUCCUUGAGUUCCGUAUGCUUAUUGAUAAAAAAACCUAUUUAACCGUAAAACCCUGCUCAACUAGGGGUAUGCAAUCAACUCUAUGUUCGUAUCAAAUCUCUAAACCCCACUGGCGUGGAGCUUACUGAUAAACACUAUCCUAUACUAUUUCCGUUGGUACCACCGCUGAAUUGAGAUACUUGUGUUUGGGCGUUACAUUUAUUAAUGUUAUCAAAAUGUACCACAUAAUGGUGCACUAUGCUUGGAAAAUGCAACAGUGGCAUUUACUUAGUCUUGAUAAUUUCAACCAUAGGAAGUUUAAGCUGCUGAAGGACCUAAUCUCUUUGUCUUGAAGUUCAUUAUCCAUUCAACCCAGCAUUCCCUAGGUAGAUUGUGUGGGCGAUUUUCUGCCGUAGACCAUUUCAAAUUAAAUGCAACUAGCAGCACUCUGAAAGUUCAUAUUGUACCAGUACACAACCAAUGCAACGAAUCUUCCCAUUGCUUAUGCUACUCAUUAGGAAAAUAGCAUAAGACUCUUAACACCUUAUUUGGUUCUUCAGUUUGCCCAUCUGUUUUAGGGUGAUGUGUUUAGAUCAUUUGGAUAGCACUACCCUCCAUUUAGGCAAAAAGAAUUCAGAUCAGAACUUGCUUAUAAAUGUUGGAUCUCCAUGAAAUGAACAACCUCCUCAGCUAACAACUAAGCCACCCUUUGAGAUGAAAAGGGGUCUUUCAAUAACUUGAAGUAACCACACUACUAGGUUGUCUUUGUGAUAAAAUCAAUCCCCACAUCAUCCGUAAAAGCCGUUGGUCUGGUAUAGCUAAAGCUCGAGUAGACCUGCUGGAGACGCAGCUUGACGCGUGUUGUGCUUCUGGAUAGGUACAAAUAUUGGACAGAGACACCAGGGCCUUAGUGCUCAUGCUAUGAGUACCGUCACUCAUGGAAAUUCUAUUUCUAGCAUAGGGAAUUUGAAGAACGACCCUGAUCAUCUCCUUGUUCUUGUCCAUGGUAUCUUGGCUAGCACAGCGGACUGGACUUAUGCAGAAGCAGAGUUAAAAAGGCGUCUUGGAAAAAACUAUUUAAUUUACGUCAGUUCAUCAAAUACUUACACUAAGACAUUUACUGGGAUUGAUGGAGCUGGAAAGCGGUUAGCUGAUGAAGUAUUGCAAGUUGUUAAAAAGACAAGGAGCCUUAAAAGAAUCUCCUUUCUAUCCCAUUCUUUGGGAGGCUUGUUUGCUAGAUAUGCAAUUGCUGUUCUUUAUUCACCUGAUACCUACAGUAGAGAUCAACCAGGUGAUCUGGCAAACAACAUGACAGAAUAUCUCCAGGAAACAAACUUUUCCAAAGGAGGCUUAAUAGCUGGGUUGGAGCCUAUCAAUUUUAUAACUUUAGCAACUCCUCAUCUUGGUGUAAGAGGAAAGAAGCAGCUCCCAUUUCUGUUGGGUGUCCCAAUCCUAGAAAAGCUAGCUGCUCCAAUAGCUCCUUUUUUUGUUGGUCAAACAGGUAGUCAGUUGUUCCUUACUGAUGGUAAACCUGACAAACCACCUCUUCUAUUGAGAAUGGCUUCUGAUUGUGAUGAUGGAAAGUUUCUGUCUGCACUUGGAACAUUUAGAUGUCGCAUCAUUUAUGCUAAUGUUUCAUAUGAUCAUAUGGUAGGGUGGCGUACUUCCUCUAUAAGGAGGGAAACUGAGCUCAGUAAGCCUCCUCGUCAAUCUUUAGAUGGAUACAAGCACGUAGUUGAUGUGGAAUAUUGUCCCCCAGUUCCUUCUGAUGGCCCUAAAUUUUCUCCAAAAGCAGUGCAAGCAAAGGAGGCCGCACAAAAUGCUCCCAAUACACAGAGUACUGUAGAAUAUCAUGAAAUUGUAGAAGAGGAGAUGAUUCGGGGAUUGCAGCUGUUGGGAUGGAAAAAAGUUGAUGUCAGCUUUCACUCGGCUUUCUGGCCUUUCUUUGCUCAUAACAACAUUCAUGUGAAAAACGAAUGGUUUCACAAUGCUGGUGUAGGAGUAAUUGCUCAUGUGGCUGACAGCUUAAAACAGCAAGAAGCAUCAUCAGUAUUGUCUGCUAGCUUGUGACUGCUGUACGUAAUCUCAGCUUUCCUGGGACACGUCUAACUUCACAAUACUAGCUAGAAAAAAAUUCUUACUAUAGUAGUUAGUCAUCAAUAUAAUUACAAUUGUUUUACGCAUAUUUCAUAUAAAGAUACAGUAGUUGUAACAGGAUUAUCAUGCAACUUAAUAGAAAAAUACAUUACCAUACCAAUGAAAACAUGGUUUGUGUAGCAAGGGUUAUUAUUA